AUGGAUCCAGAAGCAGCAAAGACAGCACGCGAGUCUCUGGAGCUGUCGUUCCAGAUGUCCAACAUCCUCGACACAGGGCUUGACCGUCACACGCUCUCGGUUCUGAUAGCCCUCUGCGACCUCGGGUUGAACCCCGAGGCACUCGCUGCUGUUGUGAAGGAACUGCGCACUGAAGCUCUCUCUUCUCCACCACCACCACCACCUCCCGCAUCAUCAUCAUCUUGA